UUCCAGCUGCACAGCAUGGCAGGAAAGGAAAGAAAAGCAAUAUCACCUGAUGAACGCCGGUCGCCGCCGCCAGGGGAAAGCGAGCACGCAGACUGGCUGGCCCACGCACGACGGGUCCUGAUUGGCCGCUGCGGAUAUACUUCAUUACCCCCUGUGCUCAUGCUCAACCUCUUCUCGAGAUUCCAGGCUGUCCGCACUGCCCUAACCGAAACCUUUAAGCAAACACGGUGCGCACAUCACCAGCUGAUCGGCUCGUCGUCUGCUCGUCGCUUCCCUCCCACGCCGCAUCAGCUGUUUGCUCUCCUCGCACCCGCCACGCUGAGCAGCACGUCGAGCACCAUGCCUGGAUCGGUGACCGAGAGUAACUUAACCGAGAGCCAAACACGUGCCAUGUGGCGGGCAGCCGACUGUGUCUGCUUCGACGUCGACUCGACGGUGUGCAUGGACGAGGCCAUUGACGAACUGGCCCGCUUUGCAGGCAGGGACAAGGAGGUGGCCGAACUAACAAACAAGGCUAUGCGUGGGGGCAUGACAUUCAGGGAGGCACUGGAACGGCGGCUAGAACUCAUCCAGCCAACGGCACGCAUGCUUCAAGAAUACAUCGACCAGAAUCCCCCACGGCUCUCGGUCGGUAUUGAGGAGCUCGUGGCUCAAUUGCAAUCUCGUGGUGUCGCUGUGUACCUGGUCUCUGGCGGUUUCCGGUCCAUCAUCGAAGGAGUCGCAGACGAGAUUGGCAUUCCUCGCAAAAACAUUUUUGCAAAUCAGCUGAAGUUCUACUUUAACGGCGAGUAUGCAGGUUUUGACGAGAAGCAGCCCACAUCUCAUCAAGAUGGCAAAGCUCGGGUGGUAUCCUUUCUCAAGCAGAAAUAUGGCUAUCAACGAGUCGUCAUGGUCGGUGAUGGUGCUACCGAUUUGGCAGCUUGCCCUCCAGCGGAUGCAUUUGUCGGAUACGGUGGAAACCAAGUUCGCGAGAAAGUCAAGAAGGCAGCUCCGUGGUUUGUCUACAGCUUUGAUGAGCUAGUGCAGGAGCUGAAUAGGAACUGACAUGACAACACCACUUGAUUUUGUUGCACCUGAUAUUUAUUUUUGUACAGUAUUUCAUUGUUCUUACAGCCUCUCAAUUAUUAAUGAAACCCGACCUUUCACCUGUCUUUGCAGGUGGAUCCAAAGUUGCAAACUUGUUGAGGCUUUUCGGAAAAACCCGUUUCAGAAAAUGUUCUAUGCAAAAAUGUCAGUGCUCAUAUUGCUUGAACGAAUUGCACCGCCACUUUUGGUAAAUGCACGGUAGCCUUUUUUUUUGUUUCUAAUGCAUUUUGUAAACUAGAGGACAGAUCUGUUGAACUGCAAUUGUGCACAUCUUUUGUUUUUAUAUACAUGUGUGUCUCUUGAAAAUCUUGAAAUGACCAUUGCAUUGACAAGCUUCGAGGGACCCAUUUCAUGUGAUAGAAAUUCAAAUAGUACCUGAAGCAGAAAGUAGUCAGUAAAGUAGAAAGUUGUUAGAAACAGUUAUAGGGCUUAACUUCAGUACGGUGUGUUUAUUUUGUUUUGCCAGCCUAGUAUAUCAAAUAAUGUUGUUGGCUCUUACGCCAAAUAAAAUUGGCAUCUCUCACG